GCGGGGCCACGGCGGCGACACGUGUGCGGGCACCAGGAAACGGCGCGGGCGGGGACGGGCAGCGAACCGGGGGCACUGGUCAGCAUGAUCCCGGGACUGGGGCCGGUGAUCCAGGCGGUGCUGGGGACGUUCCUCACCUGGGGGCUGACGGCGGCGGGCUCAGCGCUGGUGUUUGUGUUCUCCAGCGGCCAGAGGCGGAUCCUGGAUGGGAGCUUGGGCUUUGCUGCAGGGGUCAUGCUGGCUGCUUCCUACUGGUCCCUGCUGGCCCCAGCCAUCGAGCUGGCCGAGGAGUCGGGCAGCUUCGGAGCCUUCUCCUUCCUGCCAGUGGCCCUGGGCUUUGCCCUGGGAGCAGCUUUCGUGUACUUGGCCGACCUGCUCAUGCCAGUCCUGGGUUUCAGUGGCCCUUCCCACGCCGCCCUGGCCUUGAGCUGCGACCCCCGCGCCGCGAAGGAGAAGCAGGAGCAGGACCCUGCCCGUCCCCUGGACUGCGGGAGCGAGCUGUCCAUCCGGAUAGACAAGGGUGAGAACGGGGAGCCCUACCAGAGGAGGAGAGGUGUGGGGUCCAGCCUGCCCGACGGCCCCCCGGCGUUCCCGGUGCCCAGGGAUGGAGCCUCCACGCCCGGCAGCAGCAGCUGGAGGCGGAUAAUGCUCAUGAUCCUCGCUAUAACCAUCCACAACAUCCCAGAGGGUCUGGCAGUGGGAGUUGGAUUCGGGGCUAUUGGAAAAUCCGCAUCUGCAACAUUCCAAAGUGCCAGGAACUUAGCCAUUGGGAUUGGGAUCCAGAAUUUCCCGGAGGGCCUGGCUGUCAGCCUGCCUUUGCGAGGGGCUGGAUUUUCCACGUGGAAAGCGUUCUGGUACGGGCAGCUGAGCGGGAUGGUGGAGCCCUUGGCCGGCGUGUUCGGAGCCGUCGCCGUGGUGGUGGCAGAGCCUCUCCUGCCCUACGCCCUGGGCUUCGCCGCCGGGGCCAUGGUCUACGUGGUGAUGGACGACAUCAUUCCCGAGGCACAGACCAGUGGCAAUGGGAAGCUGGCAUCCUGGACCUCCAUCCUGGGCUUUGUGGUGAUGAUGUCCCUGGACGUUGGGCUCGGGUAGGGCAGUGCUGCAAUCCCAGGAGAAGAAUUCAGAGCCGCGCGCGCGGGUUCGGAGCCGGGCGCGCGUCAUCCUCCGGACUGGUUUUGUACAUAUCUUUCUGGGAUCUGGUUUGGUGUUGAUUUCCUAUAAUUUUAUAUCUCUCUCCCCCAAUGUCACGUUGAUGGUUUUCAAAGCACAAAUACGGGUGGUUCCUCCCAGAUCCCGCUUUCCUUUCGCCACCAGUUUUGCUUUUCCUCUCGGGGGGGUCGUUGGACCACGCUGGGCUGGUUCCUCCGAGUCAGGUCACUCGGGGAUUUUGAUCAUCUUUGCUCUGUAGAAGGUUAGAAAUUCUCUGUCCUCUGUUGAAGCUGGUCUGUGGUUAAGCACUGAGGCAUUGGAAUGGAGUAAACCCCUUAGGGAGUCUCGAAUUCCACCCUUUUUUUGGGAAGGCAGGUGGAAGGCGUUAGGGCUGCGAUCACACACACAACAUAUCGCAGGACUGCAGGUCUCCCGUGUCCUGCUGGUCCUUGGGAAUGCUUCAGGGAAUUUGUUUUGAUGGAUGCAAAUAGUCCAGGCAAAUAAAAAUGAAUUUUCUUGGGAUCUCUUCAAGGGGGAAAUGUCAUUUUUUUUUUCCUAAAUUUAUCUAAGUGAGGCACUGUUCUGAUGAGUCAUGUGCAGUGUUCCAGGGUUUUCAGGAAAAAAAAACAAACAGGAAAGAAGAAUUUUAGUGUUUCCCAGCAUGUACUCUUUGACAAGGCAAGGUGUGCUCCUCCACACUGUCGCUGAUGUGCUGCCUGAUGCCGGAUACAAUUCCACAUGGACCUGUGUUUGGCCUUCCUGAGGGAUUGCUGGUUCUGGUGGGCCAUAACUCCCUGAAGAACCAAGGAAAGGUUUGGUGGUGAUGGUCCUGGUCACACUUCACCUGCAGAAGAGCCAAGUCAGCACCUGAGUGUGCUGGGAGCCCUCGUCUUCCUGAGCAGCGUCAGGAUGAAUUCAUUCCUCAGGAUGAAUUAAUCAUCCCACCUGAAGAGCCAGAAACGUGCAACAACGUGGAUCCUGCCUCUUCACCUGGCGCUUUCCAAGCAUCUCUUGUGGAAUGGCUCUUCCUGAGCAGGCAGGAUUGAUCCCUUCCAGGCUGAGGAGUGAAUCCUGCCCAUCCCUGUGCCCGGCACACGCUCGGGUGAGGAGGGAAUCGCCACAGUUGGAAGGAUGCUGCAAAUCCCAGCUCCCCCUCGCCAGGGAUGCCUCAAUCUUCAGCACAAAGGGCUUCCUUAGACUGGAUAACUGGAUCACCUGGCUGCCUCCUGCUGCUCAGUCCCUCUGGAAGUGGUGCUGGGAUGUCAUGGAUCACCUGCUGGAGGGGCAGCCAGAGGGAACAGGCUUGAAUGAAUUAAGCUGGAGUUGUGCAUUUUCAUUUGGUUCUUUCUUUUUUGGUUGGAUUUAAUUUCUGCUUCAUUUGUGGAUCACUCUGGAUGAUACAAAACUACUCUUUGCCGAUGGAUUUGACCUUUCAACUGUGAUUGGUUUCAAUAAAUGGGAAAUUGAGAGUUUGCACUGAUUCGUUUUACUGCUGUAAAACCGUAGCUUUGCUGCUUCUCCCUCUGUUCUGCUGUGUUUCCUUUCUCCAGCUUAAUUGUUCCUGGCUUGUCCAAGGUCCUGCCUCUUGGCCAGGAAGGCAGCUGCUUUGGGGAUGAAAAAAAAAAGGAGAAAAAGCCAAGGAAAGGCAGUUUUGCAGUGCCUCAUCCAGACAGCGUGUGUUCCUGGGGACCACUGGGCUGCCCAGGUGAGCCAGUUUCAGAGAACCAUGGAGAUGAUGUCUGGGAGCAGGAUGGGCUCAGUGCCAGAUGGAGCUGGUGAGGAGGAGGUGGAAGAAUCCACAGGGAACUUCUCUGCAACCAGGAGAGCUGCCCAAAGGAACAAGGAAAGUGUUCCCAGCCCGACACACGCUUGCUCUCAGCUCGUCCCGCACGAUCCCUCUGCUGAGUCUGGAGCAGAAACAACCCCACAGCUCCAGAGCCCGUGUGGAAUCAGGAGGGAAGAGAACAGCCUGGAUCUGCUUUCCUUUUACUGCAAAAUAAUUUCCCUGCCAUAAAAUCACCAGUGAGAGCCAAGGGAAGAUUAGGUCAUAGGGAAAAACGCGGGCUGGGGAACAAUGGAGGGAGGUGCUGGUAACGGCCGGGGUGGGGGACACCCCACGGCCUGGGGCUUCCCCAGGGACCCCCCUCUGCUGGGAAACCCCCUCUGCCAGGAUCCCCCCUCUGCCAGGAUCCCACCUCCACUGGGACCUCCACCUGUGCCAAUACCCCAAUUCCAUCAGGAGCCCCAUCUCCUCCAGGACCCCACACCCACUGGGACCCCCCCCACCCACUGGGACCCCCACCUCCUCCAGGACCCCAACUCCCUUGGGACCCCCAGCACUGCUCCCCCAGCGCUGUGCAGGACAGACCAACACCAUGAGCAUUCCCAGCCCUUUUUAUCUCCCUCUUUCCCAAGGUUUGAACUCCAGUGAGGGCUGGAGCAUCCCCGUUUCUCCCAGCCUGGUGUUUUGGUCCGGGCUGGAAGCAGAGGCAGGUGUGGGGCUGGAUUUCAAACACAAAUCAGCAUCUCACGACAUGUUUUGUUUUUCUCCUUCCUUUCAGGACAUCAUUUAUCCUGGCUCAGCUCUGCCAGUGGAUGGACAAAUCUGCUGGGGGAUCUGCAGCUCCUUCCCCCUGAAUCCAGCACUGCUGGUGUGUCCCUGGAGGGCAGGAGGACCUGGAAGCAGAAGAAGGUGGUUCAUGGAAGUGGCACCUGUGGGAGGGAGGAGAAGGAUGAGGCACCCCCUGCUCGAGGGCCUGGGCAGUUCCUCAGUAAACUGGGCAGUGACCAUCAUCCAACCUCUCGGUUUUGGCAUCUGCCGCUUCAGGAACGACAAAUUCCAUCGGCCACAACCGCCCUGGGACUGUCCUUGUGCCAGAAGUGAGGAGACCAGAGCCUGACCAUGUGCAGGAUUGGGACUUCUCCCCCUCCACCAACGGUCCCGAGCCAGGAGGAUUUGCCUCUGGAUGGUUCCUCUCCCCUGGGAUCUCUGACAUCAUAAACCCUCCUGGACUGCCGUGGGUUUUGGAUGCUCCCUUCUGUUUGGAGCUGGGAAUGGCACAGCUGGGAGGCUGCAGCCCCUGCUCCUCUCCAGCUCCCGUGGAUUACUGCUUUUGGCAUCCCUGUGGUGGAACUGGCUUGGACGUGUGACGUCUCCCGAUGGACAGAUGUGGAAAAGCAGCAGUCACAGCCCCUCUUUUUCUGGGCUGCUCUGGGCAUCGUGGCUCUGGAGGAGGAAGGAGUCCACGCACACGUGUAGGACAAAUCCUGCUUUUAGGUCCCGGGCUCGUGAGAACUUCCAAUGACUUGGCAGAUCCCUGUGAGUCACUGACGUUCUGCUGCCACCUCCACCCAGCCCUGGCUGUCCCCUGAGUGCUCCCUCCCCGGUGUCAGCUCACAGCCUACGUGCUGAGAAGAGAAGUUAAAAAGGAGGCUGGGUGUCCAUUCUCCAGAGGAGCCCUGGGAUCCCCACCAGAGAUGACGAGGAUAGUGAUGGAAUGGCUUCACCCAGACCUGGGAUGUGCAGGUCUGGCCAGGAAACCUUCAAGUAGCAGCACUUUCCCUUUUAAGCAGGCCCCCAAACCCCGAAGUCCAAGGUGGUUCUCCUGCUAAUAACCAGGACAAUGCCAGAGACAUGCAAACAGGAGUCAUAGAAACCCCAGCUCUGCGUCCCUGACUGGGCUGAGAUGAUACCAAUGCUUGGAGCGGGGUGAUAUCCCCCAAAACCUCCUGUCCCAGGGCAAUCCCUGCCUCAGGAAAGAUGACUUGGAUCACCAGCUGGUUUCAGGAAGGAGAAACUUCAAAGUCUCACAAGGACCAAGAGCCUCUCCUGCUUUUGCCCUCACUCCUCGAAAUUCCAGCUGAUUUCCAGUGAUGUGAUUUCAACACUUUCCCUGGUGUGACCUGGGGGAUGGCACUGCCUGCAGCACCCCUGGCACAGACUUUAGGCUCUCCAUGGACCUUGCCACCCUGUGCCUGGGAUGCUGGAAUGUGGGGUCAUCAUUGAUUACAAUGGUUGUCCCUGUGCAAAGCUGACCCAGUGCUGGUCACUUGGCACCACAGACCCUCCAUUUUCACAUAUCCCAGAGGACUUCAGCAUCCAGGGCAAACAAGCUGUUGCAGAAGGUCAUGUUGGCAUCUAAUGCUUGACACGAAGCUUGCAAGUCACUGAUGGUGGGAUCCAUCGAGGGGAAGAGAAAGGAAACCUCCCUUCUCACUUCAUCUUGCUUUCCUCACACCCAAAUUGCUCAUCUCUGGGGUGCAGAAGGUGGAAACUUCACCCCAAGGAGGAAAGGCUGGGAGAAAGUGUCCCAGCAAUGAACACCCCUCCCGGUGAACCCCCAGUUUUUGGUCAAAGCUGUGCUCUCUGCUUGCAAGCUCAUUUUUAAGGGCUAAAUUUAGUGGCACGUCUUGCGAUGACGCGCGCGGAGGAGGAUUUUGGGAUGUCACAUGGAUCAGUCUCAUUCCUGCGUGGGAAACUUCCAGGCUCUGCUACUUUCACUGUCUGGAAGAAACGAGCACCUUCCUGCUGGUGCCAUCAGCCCACGUGAGCAGCAGUCAGCCCUGGCAAUGUGCCCGUCCAGGGGAGCUGGAGGAGAGCAAGGUUGUGUAACUCGCUGGCAAAGGUGUGUGUGUCUGUUUGCAAUCCAUUGUGUCCUGCUCACGGGUUUAGCUCCAGAUCAGGGAUGGGAUUUAGUCACCCACCUCUCUGUAACUACUUUGGUAUGGAGGUGUUUCAUUAUGUUUUGUCCUCAGCUAAGCUUGGUCCAUCCUUUUGUGUUUGUCACUGGCCGAGACUGGGCACAAAGGUGUGCAGCAGUUUCAAGCAGCUGCCAGUUCCUGGUGUUGGUCAGAUCUUCAUGUUUUCAGCUCAGUUGGCUGAUUUACAAGUGCUAAAGUUGGUGAUCUUGCAUUCAGAUCUAACCCAGCCUGAGUUCAUAAAAAUGGCACAGUCACUGCACUGCCAACAAGUGCCUUCAAGAAGGAAUGUCAGUGCUCUAAAACCUUCUAAUGCUGUUUUUGUGCUGACAAUGACUCAUAAAAGCUGGAAACCUCCAGAUUCUUUGACUAGGUGGGAUGUCCCACUGAUGCUUUGAGGGUCUCACACUUGGGUGAGACUUUGAGUCCCAUCAGCCCAAGGGAUGAGUGGGUGGGUGGAGUCUCUGUGGAAGGUGGUCUUAUGGAAUCAUGGAAUUGUUAAGGUUGGAAAAGACCUUUGAGAUCAUCAAUUCCAGCUAUCAAAUGUUUUUCCAACCAUUAAAUGUUUUUGGCAACCUCACUUAACCCCUCUAAUGCACAUCAAUUAAAACCUGAACAUAACAUACAACAACCAGGUAAGAGCAUGAGCAAGACCCCAGUAUCCUGGUUUUUGGGGCAGUUUUGUGGCCAGCUUUGGCAACCUGUUUAGUGGUGACCUGUGAAAUGCUGAGGGCACCAUAACAGCUCUCUGGGAUUGUUUUUUUUAGGACAUGAGGGUGACAAAGCCCCAGGAUAACUGGAUUUUCAGACUGUGUUCCCAUGGUCUCACCUGUAGAUGUUUCUCCAUGUGAACUCAUCAUCAGUGCAUCCCCAGAGACAAUCCCUCAGGGCAGCUGGUGGCAUCAGCCCCUUCUCCACUGCGUGUGUCACAAAUCAAGUCCCCACAAGCCUCAUCCAGCGUGACUCCAGCGUUACUCACCGUGUUUAUUUUCCAUCUGACUUUUGCUUUUUUUCCAUUGCUGCACCUUCAGCAGCAUAAAUAGAAAUGGAUUUAUUUUUUUUCUUGAAACUUUAGAUUUUUCCUUUGUGAAGUGUCAGAAGAAAAUUGCAGAGAGUUGAAUGCAUCUGGCAAAAUCUUCACUUUAAAAAAAAAAAGAAUCAUUCAGUUUGGAAGGAUGUUUCCAAGAGAAUAUGGGAAAAUGGAUUAUCUGCUCCAUUUGAAAAGGAAUUGCCUCUAAUUGACAAGAUGCAGAGGGGAAACUGUUGCUCUUAUUUAAACACAGCCCAAACCUGCAGCUCAUAAGCUUAUUGUUAAUCUCAGGCUUGUGGUUCCUGCUCCUUUUCACUUUUCAUUUCAAAUCUAUUUGGGUUAUUUUUUUCCCCCCUUUUUUUGUCAUGCCCAACUCCUUUUCUGUCUCAGGUAAGUGGUCAGCUUUUCAAAACUUGUGUCCUCUUGCAUCCAGAAUCUGUGUUGUUGCACCAAAAUAUCCCAGGAUCAUUUGGAUAUUUUGGAGGCUGCUGUUCAGGCACCUUCUCUGCAGUAUCUGGUCCAGGUCACACAGGCUUUGGGGCUGCUGCAAGUGGAAUUACCCAUGAUUCCAGGUCAUGGAAGGUCUCUGAUCCUACAGACAAAACACAGCAUUUAGAAGGUGAGGAAGAUGCCUCCAGUUAAGGUCUCAGAGGCGA